AGGGCGGGGCUGAGGGAGGAAUUGAACAGAUAAAAUCUCUUCAGUCUCCACUGUUCCAGCUUUUUCCCUAAAGGAAACACCUUGGUUCAGUGUGGUGACUCAUUCCUGUAAUCCCAGUACUUUGGGAGGCUGAAGCAGGCAGAUCGCUUGAGCCCAGGAGUUCAAGACCAGCCUGGAAAACAUACUGAAACCCCGUCUCUACAAAAAAUACAAAAAUUAGCCGGGUGUGGUCGUGCAGCACCUGUAAUCCCAGCUACUCAGGAGGUCAAGGUGGGAGAAUCACUUGAGCCUGGGAGCUCGAGGCUGUAGUGAGCCGAGAUCGCGCCACUGCAUUCCAGCCUGGGUGACAGAGCAAGACCCUGUCUCAAAAAAAAAAAAAAAAGGAAAUACCCAGGAUUGCUACAAAGAAACAGGCAGCUGCCAGAAAUUUGUUGGAUUUGAGGAGUCCGCUCUGUCUGCGUGGACUUACUUCCUUGGAUCUUCGUGGACCCUGAAGUUGCCAAGUGUGUGUGCCUGCUCCAGAAAACAAAGGAAGCCACCAUUUUUUCUCAUUCACAGUGCAGGGAGAUACCUCAGUAGAAGCAUACAGUCCAGUCUUCAACUAGGGACCCCUACCAGGAUGUCCAAAAGGCUCAGCCCUGAGUUACAGCACAUCACAGAAGAUGCCUAUUGUGAAACACACCUGGAACCAACACGGCUGUUCUGUGAUGCUGACCAAAUCACACUCUGCAGCAAAUGCUUCCAGUCCCAGGAGCACAAACAUCACAUGGUGUGUGGGAUACAAGAGGCUGCUGAGAAUUACAGGAAGUUAUUCCAGGAAAUAUUGAACACAUCGAGGGAGAAACUUGAAGCAGCUAAAAGCGUAUUGACUGAUGAGCAAGAAAGAAUGGCGAUGAUUCAGGAAGAGGAACAAAAUUUUAAAAAGAUGAUUGAGUCUGAGUAUAGGAUGAGACUCCGGUUGUUGAAUGAAGAGUGUGAGCAGAAUCUCCAGAGACAGCAGGAAUGCAUAUCUGACUUGAACUUGAGAGAAACCCUUCUGAAUCAAGUGAUCAAGCUUGCCACCGAGCUAGAGGAGAUGUUCCAGGAAAUGCUACAGAGACUGGGCCGUGUGGGGAGAGAGAACAUGGAGAAACUGAAGGAGAGUGAAGCCAGGGCUUCUGAACAGGUCCACAGCCUCCGAAAGCUCAUCGUGGAGCUUGAGAAAAAGUGUGGGGAAGGAGCCUUAGCAUUGCUCAAGUGCCUUGAUCUUGAAAUUCGGCCUCCAGAACUGCGAGAAAUGAAUUUCUGCUGUGCAGAAGCUACUCAGUCUAUGAAUGCAAAAUACUCUUUAGAAAGGAGCAAGUCACUGCUGCUUGAGCAUCUGGAGCCCGCUCGUAUCACAGACCUGAGUUUAUGCCACAUAAGAGGACUCAGCAGCAUGUUCAGAGUACUCCAGAGACAUUUAACAUUGGAUCCUGAAACAGCUCAUCCCUGCCUGGCACUAUCUGAGGACCUGAGAACUAUGAGAUUGAGACAUGGGCAGCAGGAUGGGGCUGGCAACCCAGAAAGAUUGGAUUUCAGUGCCAUGGUGCUGGCUGCGGAGAGCUUCACCUCAGGGAGGCACUACUGGGAGGUGGACGUGGGAAAGGCAACCAGGUGGCAAGUGGGCGUAUACCACGGCUCUGCAGACGUGAAGGGCAGCACGGCCAGAGCUUCCGGAGAGAAAGUCUUGCUCACGGGGUCGGUGAUGGGGACCGAGUGGACCCUCUGGGUCUUCCCCCCUCUGAAAAGGCUCUUCCUGGAAAAGAAGUUGGACACAGUUGGGGUUUUCCUUGACUGCGAACACGGGCAGAUAUCAUUCUACAAUGUGACCGAGACGUCCCUCAUUUACAAUUUCUCCCAUUGCGCCUUCCAAGGAGCUCUCAGGCCUGUGUUCUCCCUCUGUAUCCCAAAUGGAGACACAAGUCCAGACUCCCUCACCAUCUUACAACAUGGUCCUUCUUGCGAUGCUACUGUCAGCCCUUAGUCUUCUGUGUGUAAAAUCCAAGACCAUGAGACACCAGAAAGUUGGAGAACAAGACUUUGAAAGAAUUUGUGUAAACUAACCCAAUAAAAAGCGUUCCAGGAGUUGGA